CUAUUUAUUGAAAUGACUUUUAAAACACUGAAAAUUAAGUGAAUAAAAUACAGCUUUUUUUAAUAGUAACAGUUAUUAUUUUAAAGCACUGAAAAUUCUGUUAUCCUUCAAGAUAUUAUCAUCAUCACUCUCCUCCUGCCUGUCUUUAUUUCAAAAACGGUAGGAGAUGCAGGUCUACUUGUCCUGCUCCUUCUUAUUCAAUUGUCCCCUGUGCCAAAACUCAACAACGACCAGCACAAGGACAGAACAGUGACAGCGCGCCAGUAUGCGGAGCGCGUUAUUUGAUCUGGAGCGCAUUUUUUUAUUUUGAGAACGUACGUGCACCUGCGCACUACUCAUGUCCAUCACUUAACAGAAAUGACAUGUAACAUGUAAGGCUUAUUGAAAAAAAUAUUUUCAAAUGCAUUUUUUACAUAACACAACGAAGAAACUUAUUUUGAAUUUCAGUGGGAACAGUGUUGUUGGUCUCCCUUUUUAGCCAGCGCAUCAAAGUCUGGAUUUAGUUUUGUUGUGGUGAUUCUCAGGAUGGAUCUGAGGUGUUGGUCAGUUAACUUGGAUCUGUGGCUGGCUUUGUUGAUGUUCAUGACGCUGAAUGCCUGUUCACACAAAUAGGUCGAGCCGAACAAAGAGUAAAGCGCAAAUGUGGAGUAAUACGCUGCACCUCAACAAAGGUCAAUGUGUAGCGGUGUAGCAGUGUGCUACAUGCAGCGCUAAAAUUACGACACGGAGUCGGUAACUGCAGUGGAAGAAAAAACUUUAUUUGAAAUCCCCAGCCUCACUUUUAAGCCUCCCUCAACCUGCCCCCCUGCGCAGAGGCUCCAAAGCUCUGUGCUCGCAAAUCCCCGCAGGCUAUCUCCCUUAGCCAGAACGCUGGCUAAUUGUGAGCCGGUUCGGAUGUGCCAGGAAAUGGGUCGCCACAAAUGUAUAUAGGGUGCGUCAUCUAUUGGGAAAACGCCAGAAUUGCGGGGAAAAAACGUUAACAAGGUUUAUUAAUAUAAUUUCAUCAAGUUCUGCGGGCCGGAUUAAAAAGCUUAACAGGCCGCAUAUGGCCCGCGGGCCGUAGUUUGCCCAUGCCUGACAUAGAAGGAUGACAGGAGAUUUGAUAGAGGUAUACAAAAUUAUAGAUAGCGUAAAUGCAAGCAGGCUUUUUCCAUUGAGUUUGGGUGGGACUACAACACGUCAGGUUUAAGGGUGAAAGGUGAGAAGUUUAAGGGGAACAUGAGGGGAAACUUCUUCAUUCAGAGGAUCAUGAGAGUGUGGAAUGAGCUGCCAGCACAGGUGGUCCAUGUGAGCUUUAGUUCAAUGUUUAAGAGAAGUUGGAUCCAUGGAUGGUAGAGAUAUAGAGGGUUCUGUUCCCAUCGCAGGUUGAUGGAAGUAGGCAGUUUAAGUGAUUAUGGCAUGGACUAGAUGGGCCGAUGGGCCUGUUUCUGUGCUGUGCUUCUUUAUGACUCCUAUCCAAAGCUCAGUAAAGAUCAUCAAUGCAAAGGAGUGAUAUAAUACGUUCUACCAAUACGUUCUAAUGUAUGCAGCUCCAACAAACUUAUCAGGGACAAAAUAGCUCAUUUUGGGUACCAAGGAGAGUUUAUGGUCACUUGAAGGCACCAGAUUUUUCUAUAGUUCUCAGCUAUCAAGAUGUUAAUAAAUUUUUACCAAUCAUUAAAAGUACAUAUUGAAAUCGUUAUAUUAAAAUCAAAGUUUUAAUGGUUGCAGGAUUUAACCUUACAAAUGAUUAUAUCAUCUACUAGCACAAACACACAUCUUCCACCACUGGAGCUGUAAUUUGCAAUGCAGUAACCCACUAACGUUGGGCUCUCUGCAAAACACACAAAAUACCGGAGUAACUCAGCAGGCCGGGCAGCAUCUGUGGAAAAAAGUGCAGUCGACGUUAUGGGCAAGACUGGUCUCCAGCAAUUUGUGUGUGUUGCUUGGAUUUGCAGAUUUUCUCUUGUUAAUGUUGAACUCUCUGUUCACUUGUACAAGGGUGGCAUCCGAAAUACCUUUAUCUACAGUGCCCCGGUUCCAAGUACAGUAGGGCAAAUGAGUAACUGUCAGAAUCUUCCAAUGCCUCUUACUCGUCGUUCCUGUUCUGUGUGCCGUCAUUGGGCAAUGCUUGGUUUUCUCAGUCUCUCCUUUCCGCCUUUCGCUCGGCACGUCCUCUGCGCGGGCGGUACUCCUCUGACUGACUCGGGGCGAUUCGGUUCGGAUGCUUGGUGCUUGUGAGCGGACACCGACUCACGGAUCUGCAGCCGUGAAGCGGACUCAGCCCGAGAAGCCAGGAGGAUGGCUGCAAGUUACAUAAGGAAAUUUGCUUUCCAAAUUCUACAAAAUAAAACUGGUCAGUACUUUUGUACUAAGAAUGCAAGACAUUUUCAUAGUUUAUCUGUACAAACAGCAACAAUGAUUCCCCCAUUCAGCUGUAUCAUACCCAACUGGAAACAAGCUUGGUGGAUACCACCUCACAGAACCUUCACAACAGCUGGUGAAAACGAACCAGAGGCAGUGCAACACAAGACAAAAAAGCAUCCAAGAGCCAGAACAACAAUAGGAAGCGUUGGUAGAAAAAUUAGUCACCGCAUCAUCCAUGUAAUAGAUGAAAAUGGAGAAAAUCUAGGACAUCUGCACAGAGCCAAUGUUAUUCGUAUGAUGGAUGAGCGUGAUAUUAAGAUUGUGCCUCUCAAUGAAAAUGCAGAUCCUCCAGUAUAUAAACUAAUGACAGGAAAACAGAUCCAUGAGGAACAACUGAAACUCAGAGACAAACAAAAGAACAAACUCAGAACUGUUUGCCAAAUUAAGGAACAAAAUUUCUCAGCUGAUAUUGCAAAGCAUGACCUUCAAACGAAAAUUAAACAUAUCCAGCAGUGGCUUGAGAAGCACCACCAUGUUCAAAUUACUGUUCGAAAAGGAGCUGCUACAGAUAAACCAGAUGAAAUGGAAUUGCUGCUGGAUCAGAUUGUUCAGUCCAUGCCAGACAAGGCUACCUACAUGUCCAGACCAAAGAUCAUUAAAGAAGGGAAAGCUGUUGUGUGUGUUCUGCGGCAUCUAUCUGAAAAAGAAAUCAAACUGAAACAAAAGGAAAGCUGAAUUGACUACUUAAAAGGGGCACCAUCAAGAAGGCUACUUGUGCAAGCAACUCUGAUGGAAACCAUUAAAAAUUUCCCAUUUCAAUCUACUACAGCUUAGAACCACAACUACAUCCAAGGUCUGUACAGUUAGUAACAUCGUUUUGAGGCGAUUAAAUAAUCUAUUGCAACUUAAAAGUCCACAGAACUCAAAUGGACUUCUGUCACUGGCAGAGUUCCCCUGUAAGACAGCGGAAGAGAGGAUGCCACUCUGUUUUAAGAGUUUAUCUAAGGAAGCGUCGCUCUUGUCUAUCAAUACUGACCAUCUUGCUAGCUAACGUACAGUCACAGGUAAAUAAAAUCAAAGAUUUUAUAUUUCCAGCAGUAAAGAAAAGAUCCAAGUGCUAGAAACACCUGGGUCAGAUACUCCACAAGCUAUUGCCUGACUUAAGUGUUUGUAGCCAACACUUUGUUUACUCGCCAUUUCAAUCUAGUCUCUGAAAAUAUUACAAAAGACCCAAAAUUAUCAACCGAAAUUUACUUUAUGAAAAUUCACAGUACACUUUAUUUUACUAUGAAAUAUUCUCAUCUCAAGUUAUUUCCCUACAAAUUCCUACACUAAAGCAAUUACUUUACACUUGGUUAAUAACUAAAAUUUCUAUUUUCUUGUACAUAAAUUUACAACCAAUUGAAAGCAUCAGAAACCAAAGAAUCAAUCAAUGCAGCAAUAUUUAACAAUUCCUUAUUAUGUUAGAAAUUAUGUUUCUUGUAGACGCUCAUAUUCUUAUUGAACAGACCAUUUUAUUCCUAAUAUAUUCUGAAUUUUGAACAAUAAAUCACUACAAAGUGAACACAAUUCCUCUAGCCUUUAAAUUAUAAUUGCAACAUGGUGAUGGAUACAUUUACAAAUGUAUUCUAAUGUAUGGACUGUAAGUAUCUCCCUCACAUCUAUCUGCUUUUCCACUUGCUGUUGAUCAUCUUGUAUUUUAAAGAGCAAUAAUCAUACAAGUAUUUUGAGGAUUUGAUCAAAGAGCAUAAUGGUGUAGAAAUCUUUUAGUCCUUUGUAUAAUUGUACCAUAGCUACAAUGAAUAUUUCCAAUUAUAACUAGCAAAAUAACCCUACACAUUUAGGUAAAAAAAAAUUAUGUCUCUGAAUUUUGCAUAUCAACAAAUACACUUCUAUAGUUGUACCGUGGAGAGCAUUCUGACAGGCUGCAUCACUGUACAGUAUGGAGGGGCUACUGCACAAGACUGAAAGAAGCUGCAGAAGGUUAUAAAUCUAGUCAGCUCCAUCUUGGGCACUAGCCUACAAAGUACCCAGGACAUCUUUGGGGAGCGGUGUCUCAGAAAGGCAGCGCCCAUUAUUAAAGACCCCCAGCACCUAGGGCAUGCCGUUUUCUCACUGUUACCAUCAGGUAGGAGAUACAGAAGCCUGAAGGCACACACUCAGCGAUUCAGGAACAGCUUCUUCCCCUCUGCCAUCUGAUUCCUAAAUGGACUUCGAAGCUUUAGACACUACCUCAGUUUAUUUAAUAAACAGUUAUCUGUUUUUGUACAUUUUUAAUAAUCUAUUCAAUAUACAUAAUUGACUUACUUGCUUAUUUAUUAUGUUUUAUUUAUAUUAUUAUUUUUUCUCUCUCUGCUAGAUUAUGUAUUGCAUUGAACUGUUGCUGCUAAGUUAACAAAUUUCGCAUCACAUGCCGGUAAUAAUAAACCUGAUUCUGAUUCUGAAGUCAGCCACCUUGUAUGUUAGCAACUUUGCACGCAAUAUCAGCAAGACCAAGGAACUGAUUGUAGACUUCAGGAAGGGGAAGAGAACACAUACCUGUUCACAUCAAAGGGUCAACAGUGCAAAGGGUGAGCAGCUUCAAGUUCUAGGUAUCAACAUAGCUGAAGAGCUAUCCUGGGCACAACAUUAAUGCAUUCAUGAAGGCAUACCAGCAGCUCUAUUUUAUUACGUGUUUGAGAUUUAUGUCAGCAAACACUCAAGCAAAUUCCUAUGGACAGACCAAGGAUAGCAUUCUGAUUGGUUACAUCACCUUCUGCUAUGGAGGUACCAAUGUAAUACACACUCAACAGUCUCUCAAUCAGACCAUGAACACUACACUCUCUGCUCUACUUUUUUUUUUUAAAAUGUUUCUUAUUUUAACUUAUAUUUUAUAUAUACUGCACUGUAAAUGCUGCAGCAGGACACCAAAUCUCCUGACAUGCCAGUGAUAAUAAACCUAUU